GCCAGGGAGGCAGGGAGGCGGUGGCUGGCUCGGCCUAACCCAUCCCGCAGCGGCGGGGCCGGGUGUGCGGGCGGCGGCGCUGGUAGCCGGCUCCUGAGCGCCGUCCGCCGCUGCCGAGUUUGUCACCCGGGGCCGUUCCUCCGCUGCGUACUGCCACUGCUCGUCCGCCGCUAUGGCCCUGGUGAGGGACGCCGAGCCAGCCUCGGGGCCCUCCCGCUGGCUGCCCACGCACGUCCAGGUGACUGUGCUGCGAGCCCGCGGGCUGCGGGGCAAGAGCUCGGGCGUCGGCAGCACCAGCGACGCGUACACGGUGAUCCAGGUGGGCCGCGAGAAGUACAGCACGUCGGUGGUGGAGAAGACGCAGGGCUGCCCCGAGUGGCGCGAGGAGUGCUCCUUCGAGCUGCCGCCCGGCGCCCUGGAUGGCCUGCUGCGGGCUCAGGAGGCGGACGCGGGCCCGGCGCCCUGGGCUGCGGGCUCGGCCGCCGCCUGCCAACUGGUGCUCACCACCAUGCACCGCUCGCUCAUCGGCAUCGACAAGUUUCUGGGCCAGGCCACCGUGGCGCUAGACGAAGUCUUCAGCGCAGGCCGAGCCCAGCACACGCAAUGGUACAAGCUGCACUCCAGGGCAGGCAAAAGGGAGAAGGAACGUGGAGAGAUCCAAGUCACCAUCCAGUUCACUCGCAACAACUUGAGCGCCAGCAUGUUUGACCUGUCCAUUAAGGACAAGCCUCGGUCCCCCUUCAGCAAGCUGAAGGAUAAAAUGAAGGGCAAGAAAAAGUUUGACCUGGAGUCGGCCUCUGCCAUCCUCCCGAGCAGUGCCCUAGACGAUCCCGAGCUGGGCAGCCUGGGCAAGAUGGGCAAAGCCAAAGGCUUCUUCCUCCGUAACAAGCUGCGCAAGUCAUCUCUGACUCAGUCCAACACCUCACUGGGCUCGGACAGCACUUUGUCCUCGGCCAGUGGGACCCUGGCCUACCAGGGCCCUGGUGCGGAGCUCCUCACGCGCUCGCCGAGCCGCAGCAGCUGGCUCUCCAGUGAAGGGGGCAGGGAAUCUACACAGUCCCCCAAGUUGCUCACACAUAAGAGGACCUAUAGUGACGAGGCCAGCCAGCUGCGUGCAGCCCCUCCCCGGGCACUUCUUGACCACCUUGAUGCUGCCCCCCGCUCUUCACUCUGUGUUAAUGGGAGCCACAUUUACAAUGAAGAGCCCCAACCCCCUGUGCGGCACCGCAGCUCCAUUUCAGGCCCCUUCCCCGCCUCCAGCUCCCUUCACAGCGUCUCUUCCCGGCCCUCUGAGGAGGGGUCUCGGUCCUCGGAUGACUCAUGGGCCAGAGGCAGCCGAGAUGCUGGCAGCUCGUCCGAAGUGGUGCCCACACAGGAGGAGCUGAGCACUGAGGCCAAAGCGCUGUCUGGAGAGGAGCGGGCCCACCCCCCAGAGGGGAAGCCUGUCCAGGUUGCCAUGCCCAUACUGGCCUCCUCUGAGGCUGUGAUCGAGAAGGAAGGCGCUCGGAAGGAGGAACGUAAGCCCCGGAUGGGCCUUUUCCACCACCAUCAUCACCAGGGCCUGAAUCGCAGCGAGUUGGGGCGUCGUGGUUCUGUGGGGGAGAAGGGAGGUCUCCCACUAGGGGCUUCUCCCCAACAUUUGUCCAGUGGGGAGGAAAAGCCCAAGAGUAGCUGGUUUGGCCUGAGAGAAUCCAAGGAAUCAACUCAGAAACCCAGCUCCAUGUACAGGCCUUUCCCUCCUGGAUCCUGGGUUCCUGGAAGAGUCUGGCAAACUCCAGACAGCUUGGCCUCUUUCCCCAGCCUGGACGUGUCUCCUCAGGUAGAAUCUGGCCCAGCUGCUGCUCCUCACCUCCCCUGCUCCCCCUGGGCUCUGGCCCCCCCCACUCCUAUUCCCACUGCUGCUCCCAUGCUAAGCACUAACCUUUUUGCAGCCGCCUCCCCUGCUGCCGCCACUGCUGCUGCUGCCACCGCCACCACCACCCCCGAAGCCACCUUAUCUGGAUUGUUGGGUGUCACCAACCCAUUCCUCACCUCCCUGCAGAGCAACCCCUUCUUCGAGGAACUGGUAGCCAACAUAGCACUAAACUCUCCUUCACCUGCUCCCUCUCUCCCCAGUGCCUCCAGGGCCAGCCCCACCCCCCUGGCCUCCCCUAGGAGAGCCCUGCCUGAGUGGGACGACACGUUCAACAUCUUUGCUGCCAACAGGCUGCAUCCAGAGGCCAGGAACAAGAUCCUGGCCCCAGCAGGAGUGGGGUUGGAGGUGGCUGGGCUGCAAGACUCAGGCCCAGGGGCCAUGGCAGUAAAUGCAGCUGAGCCCCAAGGAGAUCCUGGGGGAGGAAGCUGUGGGAGCAGCACGUGGUCAGAGCCCAGGACUCCUCCGGACUUGGCACUGGAUCAGCAGAGCACAAGUGCAUCUGACCCGGGGCCCCUUGAGUCAUCAGAGACCGCCCUGUCUCCCGAGCUACAGCUUCCAGCCUUGGCCUCGGCACCAGACAGGGAACCGCUGGCCCCAGAAGGUGGGGCAGGGCAGAGUCCAGCGGAUAGCGGAAAAUCUCUGUUCAGCUCCCCAGAAGUAGUCAGUGCAUGGGAGCAGCUGCCUGGUUUGGAUGACACUCUUGAGGGCCAGGACGGGGAGGCCCUCCAAAAGGAAAGCCAGGUUUUCCACGAACUCAGUACAGCUGAUGAUUCCUGGCCCUGGGAUGUGGUCACCAUUUCUCCUGCAGCUGAGAUGGCCUCACCAGUCCUACAGGGGAAGUCUGAUGAGCUGCCUGCUCCCCAGGUGCUGCCAGAAUCACCUGAAACUGUGACUUCCACACACAGCGAGGGCUUUCGCCUGUUGGAGCUGGAGACAGAGCUGAAACAUGAGUGGGGGUUGGAUGAGGGUCUGCAGCCCAGCCCACCUCCCAAGCCACCACGCCUCUUCAUGCCCUCCAACUCACAGGUGGAAGAAGAGGAAGGCAAGGCUGCGGGGGAGCUGAGUAACCAGGGAUCAGGGACAGAAGAUGCCGCCUCAAGUGCUGUAUUUGUUGGUCCUCAGGAAACCAGGGAGGAGGACAAGAAAGCUGAGUCGGAUAGCCCAUCUUCUGGGGCUUUGCUAGGGAAGCCAGGCCUGGAGGAGCUGGAUGACAGCAGCCAUCCUGGGCCCAGGGCCUGCCCAACUGUGCCCGUACCAUGUUAUUCAGCAAGCUCAGCUCUUCCAAGUCUUCAGACCUGGGGGGCUUCAGAGAGAGAAAGCCCCGAGGCCCAGAGCCAAGAGCCAGGGGAAGAGGGCCCUGCUCCUCUGUCAGACUCUCCCCAGCAGGCUGAUGUGUGGGCCUUGGAGGAGGAUGCCUUGAGCCCCUUGUCUCAGGGGAGCCGAGAUCCCCCUAGCCUUCCAUCUACAUCCCCACCAGGGUCCAGGGACUCUUCCAUCCACUCUGGUUCAGAAGAGCCACCCACGCCCCCAGAGCCUGUCUUUCCACCGCCCCCUCUCCCGCCCUGGGCCAGCCACCGCCAUGGGGGAGCUGGCUCUCCAUGCUCUCCCUCGCCUGGAGCCUGGCCCCUGACUUCUUCCUCCCUACCUCCAGGCGAGCCAGACUCACCCCCUGGCUUCUUUAAGCCCUCCCCCGCUGAAGGCUCCCCUGUCCCACUUGGGGAAGACCACGCUGCAGCCACCCCAGCCUCCCCGCUUGUGCUUCUGCCCUUGGAGACACGACCAGCUGAAGAGCCACAGCGCAGUGCCAGUCCCCACCCUGUGAAGCCCCUCAGUGCAACCCCUGUGGAGGGCAGCCCCGACAGGAAGCAGCCCCGCUCCAGCCUGAGCACAGCCCUGUGCAGUGGACUGGAGAAGCUCAGAACAGUCACCUCUGGUAGCAGUCAGCUUGUGGCUCCGGCACCCCAACUUGGCCAGACUGUGGACACCAAGAGGCUGAAGGACUCUGCUGUGCCAGACCAGUCAGCCAAGUACUACCACCUGACACACGACGAGCUCAUCGGCCUGCUCCUGCAGCGAGAGCGUGAGCUGAGCCAGCGGGAUGAGCACGUGCAGGAGCUAGAGAGCUACAUUGACCGGCUGCUGGUGCGGAUCAUGGAGACCUCACCCACACUGCUGCAGAUCCCUCCUGGUCCCCCCAAGUAGCCACCCCACCUCCACCCUCAUCCCUGGAGGGUUGGUGAGGACCUGCUGCCCAGACAGGCUUGUGUGCCUGCCCGCCUGCCCACCCACCUUCCCACCAAACACACCUGGGCAGGUACAGCCUGUCCUUGUGGUCAUUUCCUGCACUCCCACACUUGCCUCUCUGAAGAGGGGCCUGGGACUCCCACUGGAGGCACCAAGUUCCAUGUACACCCUGUGUCUGGGGAUCUUGGGUCCUUCCCACCUGUGUCUUUUCAUAUCCCUUAGCUUUGGGGGCUCUGUGAAUUGUAACAAAGAAAUUAGCCCUCAAGAUGCGCAGGAAUGGACUGCAGUUUGGUGUAUCUGAGAGAGGCUAUUGCUAGCACAGACUACUAGCUAUUAGCUCCCAAGGAUGGUCUGCCAUUCUUCUCCACAGCAAUCUCUUACCCUCUUCAUUUCCCUCCAGGCUCUGGAGGGGAUCUAGUAUUAUGGGGACUGGGAUAGGGACCAAUCUGACCAUUUGUCCAAGUUGUGGGCAACCUGGGUGCCUACUCUUCUGCCUGGCCCUCUUUCUCUGAGAGCAGGGGCCUGUGGUCCAGUCUGUGCCAUGUCCCGAGUUUUUUUCUGCUUUGAGCUGUGGCAGAGUGCGGUGUGGAAGGAGGUGAUGAUGUCUGUUGUCCAGACUGCUCCCAGCCCCUUUUUGGACCUUCUUCCCACUGAGUGUCACUGGUGAUUGUGAAGGUAGGGCUGGGUGCAGAGAGCUCCUCCUCACACUUCCGGUUCCCACUUAUCUCUGAUGUACAGGCCCACCGUGUCAGUGCUGUAGGCUGCUUAUGUUUUUGGGGUCAAGCCUCCAUGUCUGUUCUUGUUUUCUGUCCAGAUGCCAAAACUCUAUGCUCCUGCAGGGUUUGAACUUUGGAAACCAAUUAAAAUGUGCCUUUCAUGGAUGGGGUCAAGAGCCUCUGGAUGUAGAUCUCUUUCCUGCUGUGGCAUCCCCCUCCUUCCUGUCUGAGCAUACCUGGAUGGCUCUGUCAGGGUUUUGGGAAGGAGAACGGGGUUGAACAUUCCUGCUGUAUGUUCCUCCCCUCUCUGAGUUAGCCAAGGGUCUGGCCAAGCUGCUGCUACUAACCUUCCUGUCUUCCCCCUCCUCUUUAGUGCCAUUUGGAAAAACCUCUGGCAAGCUACCGGUCUGGGGCCAGUCCUGGCCUGGCCUCAGGACAGCCGUGCUGGAGCAGCUGGCUGUUCUGGAAGUGGGAGACUGCACUAUGCCUUAGGAGACACCCGUUCGUUCUCCUUUGUUGCUCUCCCACGCAUCCACUAAGCUGCUGUCCCAGUCUGUCCCUUCUGCCUUGCCUGGCUUGGCUGCAGUGCACUGUGAAAUGAAGUAUUUGUCCUUUGGCCCAGCCCCUGGUUUUCUUGUGGAAAACAUGGCAGGUUUCCCCAUGACAUCUGCAGGCAUCCUGUGGUACCUUGAGCACCCACAUUAGCAAAAGAUGGGGAGUAAGGACAUGCCAAAGGGGGAUAUUUUUAGUUUAGUGGGGCUGUCUCCUGUGGGCUUGCUCAGAAUUCCUCAGGAUGUGUUCUGCGGGUGAUGUCUGUUUUCUGCCAGAAUGGAACGGAGGGGCCCUGCACCUAGCGAAAGCCUUUGCAGUUGUCUGUCUUAAGGUUCCCUCACCAGAGCUGAGAAAUGCAUCCACAGGUGCCUAGUCUUCAGUCACAGUUUUGAAGGGUCAUCAAAGAUUGAAGAAAUAAUUUUUCUGAGGAGAAGGCCAUUCCCCUCCUUUCUCUGGUUCCAGACCCAGCCCUGGGUAGAUGUAUCUUCAGAAGCAGUUUUGAAUUGAAUACAGCCAAGGAUUGUUUGCUGUUUUAUCACAAGGUUCCAGGGGGUGUGCAGGUAGCAAGCACAGUUCUGCGUUGCUGUUUGUCUUCCUAGGUGGACCUCCAGUUUAUAAAGAGCUUGUUCAUGUUUUGAGCACUUUAUGAAGAAUAAAAAGUUCACAUACUGCA